GAACACCAUUUGGUGCCCAUCUAUGGCCGCGUGUCGAUCGGCUAUUUGCCCAAUAAGCAGGUGCUGGGCCUCAGCAAACUGGCCCGAGUGGUCGAGAUGUAUGCCCGGAGGUUAACAGUUCAGGAACGUAUGACCAAACAGAUCGCCGAAGCCAUCACUUUGGCCAUCAAUCCGACGGGUGUCGGCGUUGUCAUCGAAGCCACACACAUGUGUAUGAGUAUGAGAGGGGUUCAGAAGAUUAACAGCAAAACCAUCACCAGUUGUAUGAUCGGUGUCUUCAGAGAUGACCCCAAAACACGCGAAGAAUUUCUGUCUCUCAUCCAACACAACGGAUCCAAACUAUAA